UACACACUCCGCCCCUAUAAGGUCACAUCUCGCACGUUCCAUUCGUACAGGUGCGGCGCGCUCAUACCCUGUGGUUGACAAACGUUGACAGUUUCUAGGAGGACAAUGGUCCUAUAAUCCUCUCAGGCCAAAGUAUCAGUCUGUUAAUUUUGGAAACGUCGUUCGAAGCUGUCGUUAGACAAAAUUAUAAUAUCUGAAUUUUAAACUAGCGAGAAGGUUACGGUUACAGCCUGAUAAUGCCCCUUCUUCAACACAUUAUGGACACAGAACUGGAGCGGUUAGCCCUGGACCUGAUAGUUCCGUCACUGCUGGACCAGGGAUUCUUUUAUGUUGACAACUUUCUUGGAGAAAUGGUUGGGGAUUUUGUGUUACAUCAAGUGAAAGAAAUGCACCACUCUGGAUUGCUGCACGAUGGACAAUUAGCCGGCCGAAGUUCUGGCAUCUCCAGAAGAAACAUUAGGAGUGAUAAAAUAUCUUGGGUCAGCGGACUUGAGAGGGGCUGCGAGGCUAUACAUUUUUUAUUGACACUGAUCGAUAAAUUAAUUUCUCUGUGCAUCGGGCGACUUGGGAAAAGCAUAAUUCGGGAGCGUUCGAAGGCGAUGGUAGCAUGUUACCCAGGCAACGGGACAGGGUAUGUGAAGCAUGUGGACAACCCUAAUGCUGAUGGGCGAUGUGUCACCUGUAUUUACUACCUGAACAAGAACUGGAAUGCCAAGGAGCAUGGGGGAAUUCUACGGAUCUUUCCAGAAGGCAAGUCGUACGUGGCGGAUAUUGAACCGCUGUUUGACCGCCUGCUUUUCUUCUGGUCGGACAGAAGGAACCCCCAUGAAGUCCAGCCCUCAUUCUCCACUAGGUAUGCCAUUACAGUGUGGUAUUUUGAUUCCGAGGAGAGGGCUGAGGCCAAGAGGAAGUUCAGAGAUCUAACUGCGUCGACCGAGCAUGUCAGUAACACACCCUGAGCUGCUGCCAGGCCACCAUCUUGCUGGUCUGAAGAGGUCAGCUGGUCUGGAAGUCUUGUCUUCACAGCCUGCUCUGGGACUUUUAACCCUUCUGCCAUAUUGUGUUUGCUCUCGUUUAUCUCUCUUCACUGAUCCUAAAUGGACAAGAAAUGUAGUGAGACGUGGUUGACAACUUUUUCUAACCCUGAGAUGUGAUUACUAACCCACACCAACACACUUUUUAAGACUCGGUCGAUGACGCACAGAGUCAAAGUGCCCAAGUGUAUGUACGGAAAUGGUGGCUCUAUCACAAGGGGAGCAUCUGAUAGCUGCGGUGUGGGCUAGUAGACUAAGCCCUGCUGUCAUGAGGACUGUGCUCAUAUGAAGGCUGGCAAGUUCCAACCUGUGGCGUCAUGGUGGAUAUCUAUCAGCAGUGUGGUGUGUCUUGGAGUUAAUCUGCAUUGAAUCAUUUUCUGCUAUUUCUGUGUCUGUGUUGUGCCAUAACAACCGUCUGAGUCAAAUCAAAUCAAAUUUAUUUUUAUAGCCCUUUUUACACGCAAGCAUGUCACAGAGGGCUUCACAUAUUCCCAUAGAACUGCCCCUCAACCAACCUAAACCCUCAAGGAAGACAAGGAAAAACUCCCAAAAAACUCUCAACAGGAGAAAAAAAAUGGAAGAAACCUUGGGAGGAGCAAUUCAGAGAGGGAUCCCCUCCUCCAGAGACGGUUGGUGAGAGAGAGGAGCAGAACACAGGCUAAACAUAGUCAUACAGUGUCGAUGGGUUUUUAAAACACCAAAAUCCAUUGUUCAACUUUAUAGAUGUAGGACAGGACUGGGAGACUCGCGACCAGGUCCAGCGUUGGCUGACCGACGACCAGGCAGGUGCUGACAACUCAAACCCCCCACACCACAAGGGAUGUGUGUGGUAACAUACUUACCUUUAACAGUCGUAGAAUUGACUAAAGCUGAGGUGUAAACUUGUGUGUGGAAUCCUACAAUCAUUAAUGAGAAUGUGUGUGGUGAAGUCGUUCAAAAUGGUAGUUAUGUUUGCUCUUCAAUGCAGUUAAAACAUUUUUUUUGUGUAGAAUGGAGGAGGGCUGUUAGUGUUGUGGUCAGUGUGCUAUGCUCCUUUAUAGUACCUCUCGCUAUAUAGCUCAUAUGGAAUGAAGAUUGCCAAACGUACUACCUACUUGAGUACACUGUCUAUAGAAACAGCAGAUUUCCAGUCUGUCUUUGAAACAUUUGUGAACUUUAAAAAAAACUCAGAGAAAGCCUCCACACCAGAUUUGGCAAAACAGAUCCUUGAUGCGACAGCUUAAAGCUGUGUGGUCCAUUAAAGUUCAUUUUUUCAAAUGUAAAUAUGAAAUAUUCAAAUUGUGUUUUAUUUAGCUUGUAUGCUGGUCAGCAAAGCUGAUGAUGUAUGGGGAAUGCUGUUGAGAAUGAGAAAAUGUUUGCUUGACGUGAAUAUUAAAAGUAUUUUU